CGCACGUAUUAUCUUUCGUUUUAAACUCCUUUUGGCUCAAUUGAACACACUGUGAAGUGAACGGACACAAUAAUAGCAUGUUAUUUUCAUAUUCAAAUGAAACUCUUCUUUAUGUGAUAUUUAUUCCCCGGUAAGCAUUAGUUUUGGAGACUUCAACAACUUCAGCGAUCGGUUCGUCCUCUCUGCGUGGACACUGACUGAGCUGGUACGAUCUGCAGUUGGUUGUCAUUAUUGUCCCUCCCUCGAAUUCAAUACACAGUGGGAAUUAUUUAAAAAAUCCUGCCUCUACCAAAAAGCCGAAAUCUGCGCUGCACAGCCGCAGUCAUUCCCAGUUUCAGAGGAGAUUUGAAGGCGAGCUUUUGGAGGUCCUGAGAAGAGCAAGCCUUGUGUAGGAAAACAAAAAUAUUUCUUCUUCGAUGAUUUGUAGUGACUUUGCAAGCAUUGUCACCGAAUUCUUGCUGAUGGUACAGCAUUUCUGCUCAGAUUGUUCUGUCCAAAUAUCGAAACGAGGCGUUUAAAAUGUGGAGAUUUCCCAAAUAUAUUCUUUCUCUUUUUAUCCUAACACGAGCAGUCAGUGCAACGAGUAAGUUGUUUGGGGAAAAUGACCAAGUUCAGAUGAUUUCUGAGGGCUCAGACUGCCGUUGCAAGUGCAUUAUGAGACCUCUGACAAAGGAUGCAUGCAGUCGCAUCAGAAAUGGGAGCUUACGUUUUGAAGACUUCUACACAGUUGAAACUGUCAGUUCUGGGACAGACUGCAAGUGUUCUUGUACAGCUCCCCCAUCAUCUCUGAACCCUUGUGAAAAUGAGUGGAGAAUGGAAAAACUCAGAAAACAGGCUCCAGAAUUCUUUAAGUUGCAGUCACUCGUUGAUCUCCUUGAAGGAACCUUGUAUAGUAUCGAUAUGAUGAAGGUCCACUCUUAUAUACGAAAAGUAACAACACAGAUGAAUAACCUUGAAGAGACGAUCAAAUCAAAUCUGACUAGAGAGAAUGACUUCAUGAAAGAAAGUGUAAAAACUCUCUCCGACCAAAUGAAGAAAUAUGAAAACUAUUCUGAUAUUAUGCUGAGUGUAAAGAAGGAAAUUUCUAAACUAGGCCUGCAGCUACUACAGAAGGAUGCAGCUGUGGAAGAUAUGCAAAAGAAUACACCUGGAUCAAUGGUCAAAGUGGUCAAAAAACAUUCAAAUAAAGCAGAAAACAAAAUAAAAGUACCAGCUCGAAAACCUCCUCACAAGGUGCCAAAAGACAAAGCAAUUAAAAAAAAGAAGCCAGUUACAAAAGCAAAAUUAGUUACACUCCCAAAAGUACCACAACCUACCAUCAAGACCAAGCCUGGUAUCCAUCAGCCAGGUAUUGUAAAAAGUGUUACCUAUUACAAAGCAGGAAGACUUGAAGAAAUGGAAAAUAGUGGCAAGAAUAAUUCAGUUAAAGGAACUUCACGUUCCGGGGAUCAUAAAUCAAGAACGGCAGAAAAAACUCAGAUAUCUCAUGAAUUUGAAGUAGCUGACAGGAGCACUAGCAAUAUAACAGCUACUCCAUUGUCUGUCACAAGUCAUGCUACGGCUACUACUACUGCAACCACGAGCUUUAGUUCCAUAGGUGCUACCAUGCUCACCAACAGGGAGGCAAGCACUCGGUCACCUGGUCCAAAUAAAGUCAGAGAAGGUGAGUGUUAUGGGACAUUAUCAAUGAUUGAACCUCCUGAGAACCAUCACAGUUAUGGCCGCAAUGAAGGUGCCUGGAUGAAAGAUCCUAUAGCAAAAGAUGACAGGAUCUACGUGACAAACUAUUACUAUGGAAACAACUUGGUAGAAUUCAGAAACCUUGAAAACUUUAAACAAGGGCGUUGGAGUAAUCUGUACAAGCUUCCUUAUAACUGGAUUGGAACAGGACAUGUUGUUUACAAUGGGUCAUUCUAUUACAACAGGGCUUUUACUAGAAACAUAAUUAAAUAUGAUAUUAAGCAGCGGUAUGUAGCAGCCUGGACUCUUCUUCCUGAUGUGGUAUAUGAAGAUAGAACACCAUGGAAAUGGCGAGGACAUUCGGACAUUGACUUUGCUGUUGAUGAAGGUGGCCUGUGGGUUAUUUAUCCUGCCUUCUUUUAUGAGUACAGCCAGCAUGAAAUCAUAGUCAUCAGCAAAUUAGAUCCUAUUGAUCUUUCAAUGAAGAAGGAAACAACUUGGAAAACAGGCCUCAAGCGUAAUUCUUAUGGUAACUGUUUCAUUAUUUGUGGUGUUUUGUAUGCAGUAGACACUUAUAAUGAGAAAGAAGGCCAAGUGUCUUAUGCAUAUGAUACUCACACAAACACUGAAAUAAAUCCAAAAUUACCCUUCAUCAAUGAAUACACCUACACCACACAGAUUGACUAUAAUCCUAAAGAGAAAGUUCUGUAUGCAUGGGAUAAUGGUCAUCAAGUCACCUACAAGAUUAUUUUUGCAUUUUGAGUUUAUACAGAAGCUCAUCCUAUCACAAUGCACUUUGCCUUAUUUUGAUCAUUUACAAAGAAUGGGAAUUUGCACUUGGGCUAGUAGAGGAAUGUCUAAGGCAGCUUUUGUCUUGUGGCUUUAUGAGUAGGAAUACUUUUGUAAAAUGUAUUAAAAAUAUUGCUGAUCAUUGUAGACAAGUGCUGUGUAAGAUACAGGCAUUUUCCCUUCACUUUAUUUCAUUUGAACAUCAUCUAAUAUUUACUGACAAAUGAUAAAACAACAGAGCUCUUUUCUCUGUCUGACUAUUCCAAAUAUCAAUAGCCAUAAGCUGCAUUUCAAAUUCUCAUCUGAAUUUCUUCAGAACUAGCAGUUUGGAUUAAUAUAUCCUUGAAACCACACCGACAUGGGGUUCACUUCUAAAAUUGUCUCAGUAACAUUCAUGUUAAGUAUCAAUCAUUUAAUUAUAUUUGUCGAGUGUGUGACUGUCUUUUUUGAAAACACUAAUAAUGUUUACAACAGUUUAGGAAUCAGUUGCGACUACCCCACCACCCCACCCCCAUGAGACUAGACUAAUAUUAUAUUGUGUGAUAACUUGCACUGUUGUAUAAUCCUGUUAAGCAAUUUGCUGGAUAAAGUAUAAACUAGAGGCUAGUGCCUUUACUUAGGAAACAUGCAAAAAUCUUGUAUCAGUGUAAACCACCUGAUUAUGCAAAUAGAUGUUGAGUAAAGGAUUCAUACAGGUAAUAAUCUGAUUCAUUACAAAGUAUAGAUUUUAAUGUAGUACAAUAAAUAUAUAAAUGUAACUUUAUCGAAGCCAUUUCAGAAUAGCUUUAACAGUAUGAUUUUAAGAACACUGUCAGGCCUGAGCACUGCACCAACCAAUCUGGAAAGAAAUAAGUAAAAGCAGGACAUUUUGCAGGUCAAAGUAAUAUUGCUUAGUCUAGAUCUUUUGGUAAUAAAUUGAUAUGAAUAACCACAAAUCUGCUGUUUUGCCUUAACCACCACUUAAACAUUUUAUUCACAGUUCAUUAAUUUGUACCAGCUACUUUGAUUCAGAACUGUAAUUUAGUUGAAAACUCUUAUGUUUCAGUUUGAAAUUUUGAAGACUAAUCCAGUAAUUUGUAUUUUUGUUGAAACCAUAGCUUAUCUUUGUGAAAUGCUUUUUCAUUGUAUGGACGUCAUAUAUCAUUUGAAAACAGAUGGUAUUGACAAAUGGAAACAUUUCAUUGAUGAAUCUAUUGGAAGCAGAGCUCAUUCAUCACUUGCCUGCUCAAGACAUGGUCUCCUCUUCACUGGGGAGACAAGAUGCAAAUUCGGGCGGGGGCGGAGGUAACUGCUUUGCAGAAUGUGCUCUGUAUGCUGAAAGUGACCCCAAGCUUCCAGUGCCUGCCAUUUCAAUACACUACUUUGUUCAUGGCCAACAUUUCUAUCAACUUUAAGUAUCAGGCAUGCUGCAGUGCUCCAAUGAGGCUGAGCACAAGCUGGCAGAACAGCAUCUCAUUUUCUGUUUGAGAGCCCUGCAGCCAUUGGGCUCAACAUUAUGUUCACUAAUGUUAGGGCCUGAACACCUUCUUCCAUGUCUUUUACCAUCUGACAAUCCUGGCCCUGUCAUGACAUGAGUUUCUUUCAUCAGAGCCAACUGAUUUUCAUUGUCUAACGGUCCCUUUUAUCAGCAUUUCUUUUUCCACAAUUCACCAUUAUCCAUUUCUUUGUCCGUACAACUGCUGUUCCUACUCUCUGGGCUCCACCUCCAUCUAAUACUACCUCCCAACCCCAUACACCUUUCCCACACCGCCCACACCCCAUCCCAAACAAACUUCUGUCUUCAGCUUAUAUACCACUUCUACCUUUUCCGAAGAAGGGUCACUGUACCCGAAACGUUAACUCCUCUGUCUCUCCACAGGUGCUGCCAGACUUGGAGUCAUAGAGUCGUACAGGAUGGAACAGGCCCUUCAGCCCAAUCAUCCAUGCAGACCAGGUUUCCUGACCUGUGCUAGUCCUAUUUGCCCGUGUUAGGCACAUAUACCUCCAAACCUUUGUUAUCCAUGUAAAUGUCUUCUAAAUAUUUUGAUUGUACCCACUUCUACCACUUCCUCUGGCAGCUUGUUCCAUAUAUGCAUCAGCUUCUGUGUGAAGAUGUUUCCCCUCAGGUGCCUUUUAAAUCUUUCCCAUCUCACCUUAAACCUCUGUUCUCUAGCUUUGGACUCCCCUACACUAGAAGAAAGACCUUGGCCAUUCACCUUAGCAAGGUUUAUAAAAUCCAAGGGGCAUAGAUAAGUUCACCCAUCAUCCUCCUAUGCUCCAAGUCUCAGCCUAACCAGCCUAUCCUUAUAACUCAAACCUUACAGUCGUGGUAACAUCCUUGUAAAUCUAUUUUGCACUCUUUCUAGCUUAGUAACAUCUUUCCUACAGCCGGACGACCAGAAUCAUACACGGUACUCCAAACUUGGCCUCACUGAUAUUUAAUACAGUCAGAACAUGAUGCCCCAUCUCCUGUAAUCAGUGCUCUGACAGAUGAAGACAAAUGUGCCAAAUACCUUCUUCACCACCCUGUCUACCUGUGACACCACUUCCAAGGAACUAUGUACCAGCAUCCCUUGGGUUCCCUGUUCGACAACACUCCCUGCGGCCCUUUCAUUAACUGUAUGCAUCCUGCCCUGAUUUGUCUUACUGAUAUGCAACACCUUACAUUUAUCUGAAUUAAACUCAAGCUGCCAUUCCUCAACCCACUGGCCCAGCUGAUCAAGAUUCUUUUGCACUCUUAGAGAACCUUCUUCACUGUUGACAAUACCACCAGUUGUGGUGUCAUCUGCAAUCUUACUAACCAUGUCCCCUAUAUUCUCAUCUACAUCUUUAUGUAAAUGACAAACAACAUUGCACCCAGCACUGAUCUUUGUGGGACACCACUGGUCACGGGUCUCCAGUCUGAACAAUAACCCUCUUGCAAUACCUUCUGUCUCCUACUGUCUAGUCAAUUUUGUAUUCAAUUGACUUCUUUCACUGAACCUUGAAGCCGCCAUAAUUAUUUAGUCUCACAGCUCUGAAAGAUGGUAUCACUGAUUAUGCCCACUUUUUUUAUUUAUCAUCAAUUUUUUGAUCAUCUUCAGGGUCAUGCACAUUUCCAUCUCCUGGUGAUUCCAAAGAUUGGCUUGAUGAGGAAAGUUUUGGUAUGUGCAGUAGAAGAUGACAAAUGUAGGAACUCUAGGCUAUAUUGCAGAACCUGUGCACAGAAUGGUACAGAGAGUGGAGCUGUUUCAGAAAGUCAAUGAUCAAUGUGGGCUGUUUAUGUGCUCUGGUUCAUCACAAUAAUUAUCAAGAGCCGUGUGGUUAGUGGGCAGGUCUCAUCUGCCCCCAACCGCCCACAUCAUCACAAGCAACUAACUAACAUCCAAUGGCCUGAGUGGAAUAGCCUGAGCAUUGAGGAUUGACACAGGAUUCAGGUGACUACUAUCAGGAAGGCAGAAACAAUCUUGCAUAAUGUACCAACUGUCACAAAAAUAUUUGCAUAUUGAGAGAAUGGAAUCCUUUCCUGUUCAUGUAUAUGCUCAGGUCUUGAGACAAAACAUCAAAGAAAAUUAUUCUUUGCAGCUUUGUGAUGCCCCUAUUCCUCUCAGAACCAUCAAAUUUUCAUCCUGCUUUGCUUGUUCCAUAGUGAAGCAAUCAAGUCAUUUCAAAGCAGAUUUUACUGAUAUCCCAAAUAUAGUGCACUGAGUUAAAUCACUAACAUUCUGUACUAAACCAAGAACAACCGAUGGUUUUGAAAUUCAGGGUUGCUGUGAUUUUGGCGUCUACAGACUGACCCGUCCAUGUAUUAGGGCUGCAGCUAGUGCUCCGACUGGUGGCACUGCUCUGUGACUGAUUCCCUUCUAGAUAAGAGGUAUAUGAAAUAUUACUUUUUAAUAAGGAUCAGGAUUACAUUUGGUUCAUGUAUGGCAAAGUGCUUCCCGUGACUAAUACAUAAUCAUUUUGUGUAGCUGAGAUCAACUACACCUGUUUUAAAAUUUCAACAUUGUCAGCCUUGCUAACUUAUUUCAGAUGUGACAAUACUACCUUAUCUUUCAUAAAUGCAAACACUUUUCUUCUUUUCUUUAAUUAUAAUGGUAUCUCAAUCAGCUAAAUUGUUGGAAUUUACAAAAUCAAGUAUGUGAGCAUUUUCUAUACACAAAUUUUCAAAGCCUUUAUAUUUACAGGCUUCAUUGUCUGAAUAAGAGGGCAGAUCCAGACUCUGCCAAUAUCACCCUUAAGUUGAAUGCUAGGAUACAAGAACAAUGCAGCUUGACUUGGCUCUCGAUUUUUCCUCCCUUCCUUUGGCAAGAAUCCCACCUUCCGCUUGAUGUUGCUUGCAAAUAAGAUCUCGAAUUUACAGACUUCCACCACAGAACAGAACACAGCAUGCAACAACCCGUACACAGAAUGACUAGAUGACAUUUACUCAGUUUAUCCUGUGCCACUAUUGAGUCAAACUGAAUAACUUGAGUAGCAACAAGGGAAUAGAAGUGUUUUGAAUGGGUGAGACUUUAGAAUAAAUAAUUAUAAAACAAGACAUUAUGUUAGGUUCUAAGAACUGAGCCCUGGAGUACUAGGAAAUCAAGCUUCUGAUUGACAGAUUCCUACAUUUGGGCAAUGACAUAUAGCUAUAAAAAAGAAUGUUUUGUCAUAGUCUACAAUCUCAAGUGACUGAAACAGAAUAACAGAUGACCUUGAAAACAUACGACCAAAACAAAGUGAAAUGCUGUUGCUGUAUUUCACAGAAAGAAAACGUUAAAUUUAAUGGUACAUUAGUUAUCAGGUUGAUUUUGAAAAUAAUAAGCAAUGAUGAUUAAGCAAUGCUUAUUUUAUUUUCAAAUCUUUUGGAUUUCAGUUUACCCAGUGAUAUUUUUAGAGUUACCAAGAGGAAGCUCACCAAGCCCCCCUCAGCUUGCAUCCACUUAAUGCCAGUGCUGUCAACAUGAUGCAUAUGUUUCUGUCCAGUUCCAUGAUUUCUCUAUCAAAUGUCUAAAUAGAGUAUCAAUUAUGUUCUAAUGUACUUCAUGAAGCAAAUAAAACUGGGUCAGAUUUUGUAUUUUCAACACUGAUAAAUUCAGUGCUCAACACCUGCAACAAUUCAAACUUAUGUCAGUUUCUGACAGAAUUAUUAGUACCAGGACGUAAUUAAAUGUAUAACAACUAUUGGCUUGGGGUGCUACAGUUGUGUAAAAUGUUUCUAAAAAGGUUGUGUUGGAGACUGUAUUAAGACCCAACCAACCUGGUGAUGUGUGAAGAUACUGUGGCUUUAAGAGGUGUGUUUUGUCCUAGUUUCUUUUAGAGAGAGAUUGGGAGACGGGUGACAAGUAGUCAAUGAGAAGAUAAACAACUUGUGAGGCCUUGGGUAUGUUUUUUCAAGGCCGGAACAAUAGAAGCACGAGUGGAUGGAGACACACACAGACCUAGGAUUUUGCAAACUGAGAUUGUGGAAGGAAAAGACUUCUUUCUCCCCCGCUGAAAAGCUGCUUCAUGUAUCUCUUGCUGAUAGGAUUGUACAUGAGACGAUCUGUGCUAUGAAUUUGCCUUUUGCCAAGGGAGUGUUUACGUAAUGUUACCAUAUUGGAACAGUUAGUUAGUAAUGGAAACAUAGAAACAUAGAAGAAAGGAACUGGAGGAGGCCAUUCAGACCUUCAAGCCACUCUGCAUGAUCUUAGCCGAUCAUCCAAAUCAAUAGUCUAAUCCCACUUUCUUCCCAUAACCUUUGAUCCCAUUCUCCCCAAGUGCAAUAUCUAGUUGCCUCUUGAAUACAUUGAAUAUUUUGACAGUAACUAUUUCCUGUGGUAAUGAAUUCCACAGGCUGACCACUCCUUUGGUGAAGAAAUGUCUCCUCAUCUCCGACCUAAAUGGCCUACUCGGAAUCUUCAGACUGUGACCCUGAUUCUGGACACACCCACCAUCGGGAACAUCCACCUUCCAUUUACCCUGUCCAGCCCUGUUGCAGUUUUAUAAGUCUCUAUGAGAUCCCUUCUCAUUCGUCUGAACCCUAGCAAAAGCAAUCCUAACCUAAUCAAUAUCUCCUCGUACGUCAGUCCCGCUAUCCCCGGAAUCACCCUGGUAAACCCUUGCUGCACUCCCUCGAGAGGAAGAGCAUCCUUCCUCAGAAAAGGAGAGCAAAACUGCACACAAUAUUCUAAGUGUGGUCUCACCAAGUCCGGGUAUAACCGCCACGACACAUCCUUGCUCCUGUACUCGAAACCUCUCGCAACGAAGGCCAACAUACCAUUUGCCUUCUUUACUGCCUGUUGCACCAGCACACUUACCUUCAGCAACUGAUGCACAAGGACAGCCAGGUCCCACUGCACACUCCCCUCUCCCAAUUUACAGCCAUUCAGGUAGUAAUCUGCCUUCUUGUUUUUGCUUCCAUUGUGAAUAACCUCGCAUUUAUCCAAAUUAUACUGUAUCUGCCAUUGAUUUGCACACUCACCCACCAACCUGUUGAGAUCAUGCUGAAAGAUCUCUGCAUCUUUGCCACAGUUCACCCUUCCACCCAACUUGUUGUUAUCAUUUGCAAACUCGGAGAUGUUACAUUUUGUUCCCUCAUCCAAAUCAUUAAUGUAUUGUGAAUAGCUGGGGCCCCAGCACCAAUACCUGUGGCACCCUAUUUGUUAUUGCCUGCCAAUUUGAAAAGGACCCAUUAUUUCCUACUCUUUGUUUGCUCUUUGUAAUAGUUACUGUAUCCAUUACUCUGUUAAGUUUUCCAACAGAAUUGUUCUUCCAGUUCCUUCUUUAUUUUGU